UGUAUAUACACGCAUAUAAAUUCGAAAGGCAAGUUUGCGGAUCAUCUCCGAGAGUCUCGACGUGCGUCGCCUUAUACGUAGGUACAAAUGGAAACGCAGUCGAAUCCAUCGCGCGCGAAAGCGAAAACCAGUUGUCACAUGAGAAUAUUCCUUGUCGUCACCCUCGCCGUUACUUUAUUCUACCCAACUCUCAUCGAUACGGCAGUGGUCCGUUCCGAGAAACAGUUGCAGCGGGUACUGUUACGGGACUUUACAAACGUCAGGAUUCCACGAGCUACAGAAGACAGCGACGAGGAAAACGCACCGAGACGAAUUUGUCCGAACGCGCAUCCCUGUGGAUGGGCGGUCUACAAUCCUUAUACGCGUAACAUUGAAUAUUUCAUGAGAAACACUUGUGAAUGCCCGGAUGAAAGUUACAAGUGCGUGCGCGUUGGAGACGAUCUCUCCGCGAGUGCGUACGUAUACCGUUGCCGCCAAAAUACGACAGCAGAGGACAUUGAGUCUCCCUCUCUCGAUGACACCCUCUGAGACGAGCAUCUCAUCAGAGAUCUCAGCAUCUCAUUAUCUCGUCAUCGGUACCUACUUAUAUCACGUGUCACGCCAAAUCUGCAGUUACCGCCAUCGUCGUCGUGAUCGUCUUCACGAUUCGUCGCAUAACUCCAGCUCUUCGAGUUUUCGAUAAUACAUCUUUACCG